AUGGCUCAAUUACCACCACAGACGAUCCAUAGGGAUCCCCAGCUUUUCUACUGGAUCCUACUUCCAAUUACUGCUGUGAUGAUUCUAACUGGUGUUUUACGAUACUAUGCCACCGUCCUUAUGCAAACGCCUCCCAAGAAGCUCGACCAAAAAGCCAUGAGAGAGCAACGGUCUCUGCUACAUGGUGUCGCCGUGCGUAGUAAUUUCCACGUAUUAUCUGCACCAUCUUUCCGCGCGAGGAGAGACUAUCUCACCAAUGCCUACGAAUCUGGUGCUUUCCUGAAAGAUCCCGAGCGCCGCGGCCAGCCUCCCCCGAACCCGAUGACCGACCCUGGUGCUAUGGACGGCAUGAUGGGUAUGAUGAAGAAUAACAUGGCCAUGAUGAUUCCGAACACCCUUAUUAUGAGCUGGAUCAAUGCCUUCUUCAGUGGAUUUGUUAUCAUCAAGCUACCUUUCCCUCUUACUAUCAAGUUCAAGAGUAUGUUACAGGCUGGCGUCGCAACCAAGGAAAUGGAUCCCAGAUGGAUGUCAAGCAUCAGUUGGUACUUCUUGUGCUACUUUGGUCUGCAAUUUGUGUUCAACUUCUUGCUCGGAAAUGAGAACGCUGCCAACCAGAUGGCCCAACAGAUGUCAGGAAUGGGGCCACAAAACGGCCAAAUGUUCGGGCCUGGUGUUGAUCCUGAUAAACAGUUCAAGACGGAGGCUGAAAACCUUGCGGUGGUUGAGCAUUACUCGGUCUUGGACGGAGUAGAAGAUCGAUUACUCGAGGGUAUCAAGUCUAAAUAA